AUGUCUUCUGAAUAUCUAUACGUAAAAAUCAUAGAAUAUUUAACAAACUUAAAAACCGAACACAUUAUGGCAGCCUCAGUUAUUUAUCAAGGGUUGGAAGAUAAUCCCUGGAUUAGAAAGGACGAACUAAGAGGUAUCGUAGAGAGAGCAGUAAAUUCGGUAAAAAACGUACUAGAAUACGAGGGAGAUUUUUUACGAUAUGGGAAGAUUACUCAAAUAAUGUUACAGUUCAAUGUCGCCUUUGAUAGUGUUUGUAAUUUACAAGAAAUUGGUGUUUUAAAAACGAAUAAGGAGAAGCCUCUCGCAUUGGAUGAAAUUAAGCGUAAUAUAAACUUGUUGAAGGGAAAACUUAUGAAUGGUACAUCAGCACUUUACCAACAAUUGGUUACUUUUCUAAACAAAAUACAUGAAUCUGAUUUAACUUGGGAAGAACCUUUAGCUAGCCAAGUUAUCAGUGAUGAAUCAAGUAUAGUGGAAUGUUUAUCAAAAAAACAGCAAAAGAAAUUUAAGAAACCAGUCGAAGAUAUGGUACCUUCAACAUUCCCUUCAAGUAUACAAGAAAAAUGUUACCA